UGUUUGAUGUGCAUGUGGUGUCAUUUUGUUUCUGAAGAGUGGCUCAGCUGCCUAAGCGGCUCUUUUUUUCUUCGGCACUUCUUUCCAGUCAUGCUCCUCUGAAGAUUUUUGAAGUUCUUGAUGAAGAGAUUCUUUCUGCGAAAACUUGACAUAAGUCCCUCUUAAGUAGUCGUGAAAGCUGCAGUUGUAUCCACCUUCCUCAUCAAAGCACCACUGUCUCUUGAUGUAAGUACUACAUGCAAGUACGCGUUUUGCGUAAAGACAUAGAGCAGUAGAAACGAGCAAUAUGCAGCCCUUGUAGCGAAAGAACCCACUACAGCUUCGAGAAUGCCUCCCCGCGCGAAGAAGAAAUCUACUGCUGCCCCCGCCGGAGCAGUACCACCAGAAGGCGACCCGGCGGACAGCGAGGAUGCCGCACAGCAGCAGGAGCAAGCGGAAGACACCGCUGCCGCUUCGGGGAACAACAACACAGCAAACGAGAGUGACGCUAGUGUAGUUGCUGGCGUUUCUGUCGCAAUCGACGUGAAAUUCGACAAGACCUCCACGGCCGUGCAGUUUUUUCUCGCGCUGUUCCGGCACGAUUCCUGCUCGAUCGAAGUGUGCGUGAUCGCGGACAGUGGCAACUUCCCGUUGCUGGAAGCCGUGCUGCUGCAGAUCGCGGUAAACUGCGACUUCGUCAUCAACGCGUGCGACCCAAACCUGCCGAAGUCGGUCAAGUCCAAGAUUUUUGCCGCUGUGAAGCAAGGGGUCGAGGAUGAAGAAGUAUAAAUUCAUGGCGACUCGUAUUAGUGGAUCCUCAUUCGAGUGUUUUCUGAUAAUCUAAUAACUAUAAGGAGAAGGCUUGUCAAAAUUGCUGCUGAACCUUCAGAAGCUUUUUCUUCUGAAGGUCUUCUGAAGGUCCAAAAUCAUCACUGGAACCUUCAGAAGAAAUGGAAAAAAGCCCUUUUUUUUUGAGCGAGCAUGCCAUCGGUUUAACCAUGAGCAUUUUUUUCUUCUGAAGGUCACGCCUUCAGAAGGUUUUUUUUGACCUUCAGAAGAAAAAAAUGAAAAAUGAGCAAAAAAACCUUCAGAAGCCCAAAAAUGACCGUUUUGCAACUCUUCAGAAGGUUGAAAAGCUUCAGAAUGUGGCAUUUUUUUGACCUUCAGAAGACUUGCCUACUUUUUCGACAAAAAAAAGCUGUGAAGUGUCGCGAUUUUGGCCAACCUUCAGAAGGCUGAAAACCUUCAGAAGGUUUUUCAAAUCUUUCUCCAAUGCGGCAGCUUUAUGCUUGUGUUUUUCCGUAUUCUUCAGAAGCUUCGACCUUCUGAAGGUCAUCUUCUGUAGAUUCUUCUGAAGACUCAAAAGCUUCUGAAGAGUUGCAGCUAGUCUGCUAAAACGUCAAACAUUCCGACAAGCGCUGGCGCGCGCUGUCUUCUUGCUAGCCUACAAGGCGCUGCUAUUGUUUGUGUCUCGCAUCACAACAAAGCCCAUGGCGCCUGCGUUUACAACAUUCCUUGCAGAGGCCUGGGCCUGUGCUGCUCUCUGCAUCUGAAAGGCGCUCCUUUCGCCUGUGGUAAAUGCCCUGCCCUGGACGAUACAUCGGCUUUUUUUUUCAUUUUUUUGCUUCUUGUUGGCAUUUAAGUAAGUGCUACCCGGAGCUUGGUUAGUGAGAGAGCCAGGCCGCGGACGGCGUCCACUAUGACUACCUGUUACCUGUUUUCACGUAACCAAAUACAAAGCACUUGCAAACAAUAAUUCCAAAUUUGGCCCAGCAACAAUUUAAAACAGCCUUGCCCCACGACGCAGUCGUGGGGAGUGGUUCUUACUUACACUCGAAUUCUAUUCGUGCCGGUCUAGGUCUUCUGCAUGGAAGUCGAAACGAUAGUAUCCUGCUUUGCACUUGGUUUUGGUAGGGCAAAAAUAAAUUUGAAUUUCUAGUUCUGCAUGAUAGAUUACUAGAAAAAAACUGUAAAACUGUCAGGUGAUGAUCCACGAGACGACGCGCGGCUUUACUACGAAUGUGAAGGAAACCGUGCAGCGACUUCGGCAGAAGCUUUUAGACCCCGACUACUUGAAGGCGGCGGAGCACUCGUUCUUUGACCAGGAGAAUCUGAUGAAGGCGGUUGGCGGCCUGAUCAACUGCUGCACCUCUAGUAGUAGCGACCCGAUGUCGAAUUCCACGUCGAUUUCCCUGAACCCGCUCUUCCACCAGCGGUGUUCGCUGAAAGAGUACACCGGGCACCAGCAGUUCCUGAAACUCGACAAGGCCGCCUUCACGGCCCUCCACAUCUUGCCGACCGACAAGAAGGACACGCGGUCCCCGACCAGUCUCCUCGUAUCAAAUGUAAAAAUGUCUGGGUCUGGAAGAAUGCAAGACUUGUGAUGCAGGUUUUCCAUGACCCAUGAGGUCUGGAAUGCGAGACCCAGCAUGACAGAUUCUUUGAGGUCUCUAUCAUGCCUUUCCUGCAUGACAAACUCCGUCUCAACUUGGUCAAAAGCGGACAGGUUUUGGCACUCACGCAACACAGAUUUUUGCAUCAUUCAGAUUUAGCAUGACAAGUUCUAAUCUUCCAGACCCAGACAUUUUUGCAAUCCAUACCUCGGCUUCCUGAACAAGUGUCGCACGCCGAUGGGCACGAGGCGGCUGAUAUCCUGAGUAAAAACGUACCCACACCAGAGUCAGGAUGGGGAUCUUGCAACACAAACCUGGGAGCUUUGUGAGUCACGCAUGACAAGUUGCACUCUGCAGUGUAGUGCAGGUUAGCAAGUGCAGCCGCGUCACAGAUUCAUCUGCUCAUCCUGUUCACAGCAUCACAAAUUCCAAAACACGAUUGGAAAUGGCUCUCAUGGGGAUGCGCAUUACAAGUCUUCCUGUCUUUGCAAAUCUGCAUUACAACUCUGGUGUGGGGACGUUUUUACUCAGGAUAGCUGAUCAAGUGGCUGCGACAGCCGCUGACGGACGAAGUGGAAAUCCUGAAGCGGCACGAUUUGGUCGAGACGCUGGUGGAGAAUCUGGAUUUGCUGCAAAUCGUGCAGAGAAGCUUAAAGCAGGUGGUCGACCUGGACCGCUUGAUCCAGAAACUGCACCGCACGGCGGUCAACCCGGACGCCGCGAACGGGGCAAGUUUGGACGACUUGUACGCAAUCUGGAGGUGUCUGCAGAGUGCCCUGCAUUUCAUGGAAACGAUUGACCAGGCAGUAGCAAAAUAUCUCUAUUUUCUAGAUAUGAUGCUUUGGUUUGUCUUUGUUCUCUUCAUUUUUCACGAAAUCAUGCUAGCUUUCGCUUCUGCUUUCUGAAGCUUAGGACGCCAUCUGCAUAGGAUACAUAGAGAAUGAACUAGAGUAAAAACGAUAACUCACUACGAGUAUUGACCCGGCCUUGUCCAACGACCCCAUACCACUUCUACCAGGGCCACGACAAUGAGGACGGCCCGAUGCGGGUGCAUUUUCUGAACCCUUUUGAGAAGGUGCUGCAGCAGUUUAGCAAGUUCAUCCAGAUGAUCGAGACGACAGUGGACAUGGAGACGGCGCACGACAUCAAGAAGCGCGUCACGGUGAACCCGAACUUCGAUCCCAAGUUCAAAGCGUUGCGCGCCGCGCAGGCGGAAAUCUGCGCGAAGAUGGACGCCUUCUGCCUGAAGGUUAGCGAAUUUGUCGAUCCGGGCAGCACCAACACGUCCGUCCCUGCAAACGCGUCGGCCAAAGCGAAGGCCAAAGCCAAGGCGACGGCCGCGGCGCUGCAGGACUCGGACGGCUCGCGCUUGCCCGGCCCCGUCCAGCGCGUGGAGCACACGAUUCGCGAGGAGAAGAUUUGGGCCAUGCGGGUGGUGAAGAAGUGGCACUCGAAACUGCAACAACAGAAGGAAAGGUACAGUUCCCUGUCGCUGAAGAAAGCCGAGUUCCUCUUCACCACCGCGGAAAUGACAAAAUGGAACGAGGAACUGAAGAUCAAGGACACGGAGUACGAGCACGCGCAACAGGACCUGGUGAAACGGUGCUGCAAGAUCGCGAGCACCUUUAUCCCGCCACUGGAGAAAUUUUCCGACCACCUGGCCACCAUUGACGUGCUGGCGGCGUUCGCGCUCGUCGCCACCUGCUCGCAGGCGGAAUUCGUGCGGCCACGGUUGGUGUUGGAACACGAACUGGGGGAGGAAGCGAGUGCGAAAGGGACGUCGAGUGCUAUGUUGAAUCAGCAACGGAGGUUGAAACUUACUAAGUGCACGCACCCGCUCGUCCAAGAAAACGAGUCGACCGCCGCGUCGACUUUCGUUCCAAACGAUUGCCACAUGUGCUACGAGGAGGGCCGGUUCAUCUGCAUCACCGGGCCCAACAUGGGUGGGAAGUCCACCUUUAUCCGGCAGGUAGCGAUCUCGGUGCUGCUGAACCAAAUCGGGAUGUACGUGCCCGCUGAGACCGCGGAAAUGGUCGUUUUCAGUAGCAUUUUUGCCCGCGUGGGCGCGAGCGACGCGCAAUUGAAGGGUAUUUCGACCUUCAUGGCGGAAAUGCUGGAAUCCUCGACGAUCCUGCAAGCCGCAGACGAGCGGUCGCUCGUGAUUGUCGACGAGCUAGGGCGGGGAACAAGUACACAGGACGGCUAUGGGCUGGCAUACGCGAUUGCAAAGUACUUUUUCUUUUUGUUGUGAUACGACAGGGUCUGCUUUCGUUUAUUCCGGCGUCUUCAUGCAUAAUUUCAAUUUCGCAGUGGCUCUUGUCUGCGUGGUACCGCACUUCUUGAUAAAACGGAAUACGAAAAGGUAUUUGUGCGCGGAGAAGCAGUGCUUCACGCUUUUCGCCACCCACUUCCACGAGCUCGGGGAACUGCAGUACGAGCUGGGAGACGCUGUGCAGAACAAGCACGCCGUGGUAUCCUGAGUAAAAACGUACCCACACCAUAGUUGUCAUGCAACUCUGCAUGCUUAAAAUGUUUCUCAUGCGGAGCCCCAUGAGAAGCAUUCUCUAAUGCGAUUUUGAAAUUUGUCAUGCUCCAAUCAGCACGAGAUACUAGAUCUGUAAUGCUGCAGCUAAACUAGCUCAAACAGCACUACACUACGCGGACAAACUUGUCAUGCCAAACAACCAAAGCUGGCUCGCUGAUUUGUCUAGCAGAUCCCCCAUCCUGACUCUGGUGUGGGUACGUUUUUACUCAGGAUACGUGGCACUGGUUGAGGAAGAGAAAUCAAAAUCCACGUCAGCGGGCUCGUCUCCAUCCUCAAAGCAAGCUGCGAAGCCGCAGUCUGGUAUGAUCAACACGAAACUGACCUUCCUGUACGAGAUGAAGCCGGGCGUGGCGGACCAGAGUUACGGGGUGCACGUCGCGAAGCUGGCCAAGUUCCCGGACGCGGCGGUGUCGUCGGCCAAGCGCACAGCGGAUUUUUUGGAACGCCGAGCCAAGAAGAAGCUGAAGCUCGACCACUUUGCGGAGAACGACCACGUUGCUGGCGACGAACAGGAGGAGGCAGACGACGGGAAGCUCACGAAGCUGCUGUCACUGUUCCAAGCCAGUACUGCAAACGAGUUUGCACAAAAUCUCCUCAGCGGAUACACAAAGGAACAAUUCCUAGAAAAGGUUCUGGCGUUGUGAUGUGAUGGACUUUAUUCUCAACAAAGGAAGCCGAGAAACACAAAUGUACGACCUUCAUCGCGCAAAUUUAAUGUGGCAAAUAAGCUAGCAUUUGAGUAAAGAAAAGUAAACCUUGUUUGCCCUGGGUGGUCUGAGUUCGGUUAGUG